CCGGGUGCGUGCGGAGGUUGCUCUGGAGCUGCUGGAGCGGCGCGCGCUGGCCAGAAAGCCCCUCGCUUGGAUCGGCUAGCGUCACCCCGUCUUCUGGAGCCCCUCACCCGUCUUGUUUUGUUUCCUCGAUCCUGCCACAGACGAGCGGGCCAAAGGAGCUGGCCGGGCCCUUCGACUGACGUUGUCCACGUACAUUUAAGAGAAUGAUUUCAUAGUUUCUUCGGUCCAUUUCAUCUGCCAGGGCCUAAAGGAAGAGCAUGACUUGGAGAAAUCCAUUAUACCACUCUCCUUUCUCAUUCUGUAAUUGCUACUGUCAUGAAACAGAAAUAGAAAGUAAUACGUACCUACAUCCACAUCAUCUAGAGAGAGCUAUAGAAGGCCUAGCCCACGAAGACUGAUGCUUCCCAGGGUCCUCAGCCCCAACGGACAUCACUCAUUCAGAACCCAGGGUAACGAUUUUGGUCUCAGGCCGGUUGCCAGCAACCACCGUGGAUACACACUAGCCCACCAGCCAUGCCAAUUACCACCCUCUUACUCAGACUUGUUCUCUUCUCUUCUCCCUUUCUUCCCCUCUCAAGGGAACAACGGACAAUCUCCCUCCUCUGGUCUCUAGGCCUGGAAAGAUCCCUCAACCUCACGUUCUCUUCUUUCAAAUCGCAGAAUUCCUCCUAUGCGGAUGGGUGCUGGCUUUGUUUGUCCCACUCCUCUUCUGCCCUCCCUGUUCCCCUCAAUAUCUCUCUUACCCAGCAUAUUCGCCUAGCCUAUUCUGAGGUAAAAGGCUCCCCUUUCUUCGUUCAAUCUAAUACCCAUCUCCAAUCCUACCCCUCUUCCAGGGAAGUGCAGGUUACCUCGCUUUAUUCCACCUAUCUUAACUCCCUCCAUUACUUCAAACUUAAUUCUACCCCCAUCUUUGGACCCAUUAUCUGUAAUACUUCUUUACUUGCCCCAGCAGCCCUCUGCUUCUCCUCCCCUCCUACCCCUUUUUCUACCCUGGUAGGAAUCUUGCCUCCAUACCUCUGCAACCACACUAUUUCUGUUGAACACCCCUCAGAUCAUCAAAACACCCGAGUAGAUUAUGCUGUGUCCCCUGAGGCCAAUGGCAAGUUUUUACAACCUGUCCGCUUCACGGGACCCCCCAAAAUUAAUGCACCUGGCCUAAGGUGCUCAUGGCCAUUGGACAGAUCUUACCGUCUAUUCCCUUGGUUAACUAACUCGGUACUCCGCUAUCAGUGUCUCCAGUCUGCCUUCCACUCCAAUUCACUUACCCUUCUCCCAGGCAUUGCUCUGGCCUCCUCACUCUCUGUGUGGAGUGCUGAACCUGCAGGACAAGGUGUCUAUCCUUUACUCCAUUUGUUCUCUUUUCACAUGUCCUCGUGCUUGCCUGGAGAUGGCUCAUUUUUCCUUUGCGGCUCAACCUCCUAUCUAUGCUUGCCUACCAACUGGACAGGUACCUGCACCCUGGUUUAUCUUUUACCUCCAGUCUUUUAGGCCUCCCGCAGAUGCUUCAUUUCCUGUCCCAUCCACAGGCUCUCUCAAUCCAACUCCUCCAGUGUCGCCGACAAGCUGUCCAGCUGGUAUCUCUCUCUUCAGGUAGCACUGGGGAUAACAGCAGGCAUCAGAUUGGGCACAGGGGGUUUGGCUACAUCUCUUAGCUGUUACAAGACCCUCUCCAUUGAGCUUCAAGACUCUCUCUGGGAAAUUGCCCAACAAUUUACUAAGGUACAAGACCAAUUGGAAUCUGUAGCAGGUAUGGUUCUCUAGAACAGACGAAGGCUAGACCUUCACCUUGCAAAAAAGGCAGUCUUUGGCCAGGGGAGCAAUGCUGCUUCUAUCAUAACAAAUCUGGUCUGGCGAGGGAAGGAGCCAAGACUACUACUAGACAGGGUCCAAAAAUUGAUAAUCAACUACAAUCACAGUCUUUGUCUAGCUUCAUAUGGAGGACUUUCCUCCCAAGGAUGCUACCAUUCACGCGACCCCUACUACCCCUCAUCCUGGCUCUUAUUGGACCCUGUUCAAGUGUGCUAGCAGUUUCUUACAGGAACGCGUGGAAGCCUUCACCAACCAGAAGGUCACCGAACUCUAUAUGGCAACAUACCAGGUGCUAAAAAAGGACAGCCCUCAGGAUACCUACACACCCUUCCAUGUUUAAACCCGACGCCCCCAACCAGCAGGAAGCAGCUAGAGAAUGUCUCGCCGUCCCUCUACCCGCUGCCUUUCACUUUUAAACUUAUACUUAAAAAAAAUUCAGGAAUCUAAAGUCUUGGAGUCAGUUUGCUGAUUAAGUCCCCCACCCUGUGCCCCAACCUGUUUACAAAAGUCUGUUAAGUUUCUAUUUUCUCUGAUGCUGUCUUGUGACGGACAAAUUCCUGCCCCAGUUGCAAGUCCUGUUACAUUCCUUCUCAGAAUGUGACUCUUCCCCCAAUUCCUGUAGUCCCUGUAACACCUUCUGGGAAUUGACUCUGCCUCCCAAAUUCUUACGAUCCAUGUAAUGUGACCCAUGUGACUGCCAAUGCCACUGACCCCUAAAAUUUUGCUUAAUUUCUGCCCACACCUGUCUACUGCUGCUGCUUCCAUUCCUGCUUGUAGCAGCCUGGCAGGUCUGUCCCCCAAUAAAGCCUUGA